CAGCCCUCCUGGCGGUCGCGUCGCCCCCGCCCCCCGCCGUCCUGGGUGCCUCUCGGUCAAUUCCCCCCUGCGCCCGGUAGGCGACCCCCGGUGCGCUCAGGGUUCAAAGGCCCCGGCGCGGCAGCUCCAGCCCCUCCGGGGGGCGGGGAGGCGAGGGGGUGGUGCGGAGAGAGAAAAGCCCACAACCGGCCAGUCCUGCGCAGGGAUGGGCAGUGCGCUCUGAAAGUUUGUGACCGCCGCACCCAACUGCUGCCCGCAGCCCGGGACACAGCAAACCAGCGAGCCAGCCCGAGAGCAAGCGCACCGGCGGCCUCGAGCGUCCACAGCGAGCUGCGAGGCCGGCCGCGCCCGGCCCUAGUGCCCUUUCGCGGCCAGCAGUGGCCGUCCUCAGGACCCGGUGCUCCCGCGCUUGAUCGGGGUUCAUGGAGCUGGGGCUGUGGCUCCUGCUGGGGCUCACAGUGACCUCUGCCGCCGCAGGAUUUGUGCCCUGUCCUCAGCCUGGGGGUGCUGGCAGGACCGGUGUGCCGCAGUCCCCCUCUGUCGCCGGAUCUGAGGGGGACUGUGAAGGCCCUGGACAGCACAGUGUGGCCUUUGCCGUGGAAAGGGGGCCCAGGCCUGGAAGCCCAGGGCAGGAACCUGAAGGUGCUCAGCCCCUGGGGCGGGUGCCUGAGAGGGGCCUGGCCCGCCGCCGCACCCGGCGUUGCACCUGCUUCACCUACAAGGACAAGGAGUGUGUCUACUACUGUCACCUGGACAUCAUCUGGAUCAAUACCCCGGAACAGACUGUGCCCUAUGGCCUGUCCAGCUACAGAGGAAGCUUCCGGGGCAAGAGGGCCGUGGGGCCAUUCCCAGGGAGCUCUCAGCCCUCCUUCCAGAAGCCCCUGCGCUGCAGCUGUGUCGGGAGAGGAGACAAGGCCUGCCUACGCUUCUGCACCCAAGUUGUGCAUGCCCGCAGUGCCACACGGACCACAACAGCACCAGACAGAAUGGAGGAAGACCGGGCUGCUGGGACCCAGCCAGAUCUGCGUUGGAAGAGAUAGGUUGAAGUCAAGGGCAGGCGAAGCAAGCGGCGCUUAGACCUCCACUGCCCGCAGCUGUGCCCAGCAGCCGCCUUCAGUCUGCUCCGCUGCCUGCUCCAGGCAGGAGUGCCCUCGGAGGAGAGCUCUGCCUGCCUCGUUCUUGGAGCCUUCAGCCCUUGCCCCAGCACUGUUCAAACUCCCCCCGGAGCAGGAAAUGUACCCCAAGUCCCCACUCUGUACACCCCUGCUCUGGAAAUGCCCCAGCCCAAAUGUCCUCACCCCGCUUUUGGGUCAAACGAUCCCAGAUGUGCCCUGGGGCCUGACGCCCACAGCUCUGGUUUCCUGAGCACCGGAAAUUGUUUUUGGAGAGGGCUGCAAGUUGCUCACUGGCUGUGACAGGCCACUGGAAGGGACGUGGGGCCCUAGGUUCACUCUGUGUAGAUGUCUAUGCCUGUCUGUCCCAUUGUGGAUGGGCCCAGCAUGCCGACUUCCGUACUCCCUCCCAGAGUGGCGGGGGCUGGGCAGUGUGUGGGCCUUGGCCUGGAUCUUAACCAUCCAGGAGCCGAUGGGAGGAGAAAGUGGACGUAAGCCGGCUUUGAACUCCGAGAUGUACAGGGGAGCACGGGCUCUUGUCCAGCUGCGGACUGUGGUCCCUGUAGACCCAGGCCCAAGCACGACGGGGUUCCCAGGCCCCGUGUCCAGGAAGCCAGCUGAAAAGCAGCCCCAGUGCAAGGCCUUUAAGGGUGACUAUCUGCUUUCAUGAGUAACUGCAGCUCUUUGGGGUGUGCCUUCCAAAUAAGCCAGAAACGCAAACUCUUUGUAAAUUAUGUAAAUUCCUAUUUAUCUAUAUAAUUGGCACCCGCUGGGAAUUGUCACUCCUGACAGUUCCAGAUCGUUUGCAGCUGCUCUCCGCUGGCUGUGCUGAACUCACGCGUGUGUAACUGCAUGGAGCUGUGGCCAGGCUGUGUCUUGUCCACACUGGGGGAGCUGCCCACCAGGAG